CGCCAUUUGUUUGGACGCGCUCCAGAACCGUUUCGCGUCGGAGCAGCUCUUCGCUUCGGAAUACAAGGGUCCAGGGCUAUGCUUGGAGGAUAGCGCAACAAUGAGCUGAUUCCUACGAUCGGAAUUCUCGAGUAUCAUGCUACGAGGGGCAAUUAAAAUUAUUUUGCGAACCGAUAGCAACGUACAACCGUCUUGUUUUAACGGCGUUUGAACGAGUCGGAUCUCAUUCUGUUGAAGAAAAGGUGUUACGAAUAGGCUAGAAUGUCUCUAAGCGCCAGCGCGGAGAAUCUGUCGUCCGAGGGACAACAGAAUAGUGAGAGAUGGAACAUGUGUCUGGAACUAGCGCUGGAGGGCGAACGCUUAUGCAAAGCUGGCGAUUGCAAAUCCGGGGUAGCGUUUUUCCAGGCAGCAAUCCAGGCUGGUACAGAUGAUCUGCGAAUACUAAGUGCUAUCUACAGCCAACUGGGUAACGCGUACUUUUACUUGGGUGACUACGUCAAAGCAAUGCAGUAUCACAAGUUAGACCUGACUCUCGCCAGGAAUAUGGGCGACAAACUGGGCGAAGCAAAAUCUAGUGGGAAUCUGGGAAACACAUUGAAAGUUAUUGGAAAGUUUGACGAAGCCAUGAUAUGCUGUAAAAGGCAUCUGGAAAUAUCCAGAGAGAUUGGAGAUAAGCUUAGCGAGGGAAGAGCCCUGUACAAUUUAGGAAAUGUGUAUCACGCGAAAGGCAAGCAAGCAGGUAGAAUAGGUCAUCAGGAUCCAGGAGAGUUCUCUGAAGAUGUUCGACAGUGCUUGCAACAGGCGGUGCGCUAUUAUGAAGAAAAUUUAGAGCUUAUGAGGGAAUUGGAGGAUUCCGCUGCUCAAGGUAGAGCAUGCGGCAACUUGGGCAAUACAUUCUACUUACUGGGCGAUUUCCAACAGGCUAUUUAUUAUCACAAUGAACGUUUAAAAAUUGCUAGAGAAUUUGGCGACAAACCAGCGGAAAGAAGGGCCAACAGCAAUUUAGGAAAUUCGCACAUAUUUUUAGGCGAAUUCGAGAAAGCUGCACAGCAUUACAAGAGGACCUUAGUUCUUGCACAGGAAUUGGGAGAUCGCGAGGUAGAGGCGCAAGCAUGCUACUCUCUGGGAAACACGUAUACUCUCCUGCGCGAUUACUCGGCGGCCAUUGAGUACCACUUGUGGCAUCUGAGUAUAGCCCAGCAAUUGAAGGAUCGCGUCGGCGAAGGACGCGCCUGCUGGUCGCUGGGCAAUGCUUACGCCGCUAUGGGCAAUCAUGAGAAAGCGUUGCACUAUUCGAAUCUGCAUCUGCACAUUUCAAAAGAGUUGGAAGAUCAAAUGGGCCAAGCUACUGCGCAGAUGAACGUCGAUGACUUACAAAAAAUCCUCGGUCUAGAAAAAAAUCAACAGGAAAGCAACAAGGAAAAUCUAAACAUUCAAAAAUUAACCACAAAUGCGACAUCGAAUGUUCCGACAACCAUGCCUUGUAGAUAUAGACUCAGACGACAAAGUAUGGACAAUCUUGAUCUCAUUAAGCUCACACCUGAUGCAAAGCAGAAAGAUAAAUCAGAAAUCGUAUUGGACAAAGACGACAACGUUGCGUCGCAACCUUCUCAAAAGGAGGAAGAUAACUUUUUCGAUCUUCUAUCCCGAUUUCAAUCAGGCAGAAUGGAUGAUCAACGUUGCGCGCUCAACACAAAACACAAUCCAAAAUACCGAACGAUUUCGCCGGAAGUAUCAGACAUGGAUGACAAGGAUGGUGAGGAUUUACUGGAAUUAAUCGCUGGAAUGCAAAGCAAACGAAUGGAUGAGCAAAGAGUAACAUUACCCUAUCUACCAGGACUGAAUACCAAUCAAGACUCGGACGAUUCUUUUAUCGAGAUGCUUGUCAGAUGCCAGAGUUCGCGUCUAGAAGACCAACGAAGUCCUUUACCGGCUGCAUCAACGUUACAAGACGCCGAGGAGGAAAGAGGUCGAAGAGCCAAUGGAAAAACUCAAUCAGGAUCCACAGUGCCCGAAGAGGAUCUCUUUGCUCUAAUCCAAAGACUUCAAGCUGGUCGGAUGGAGGAUCAAAGAGCUUCCGGACCUGGCAAGGCAUGCUAAACUCGCGAGAGCAAACGAUGACUUAAGUCCUCACGAAGUCCUUCCAUUUACUGAAUUCUUUCAACUUAUCCUCAAUUACAUCGAUGCCUUCGUUUGUUCAUUAUCGCGAUUCUAUUUCCUUGAUUACUUAAUAGAGAAUAACUGGUACUAUAUCUGAACAGUCUGGUUCUGAUUCGAAAAAACGACAAAUUAUCUGGUUGUAAGAACCAAACACCGUGCCAGAUUGAUUAAAUUUAUAAUUAGUAAAGGCAAGAAAUCGAUAUGUC